AAUUACGUCGACGUUUAGAGGGGAAGAAGAGCAAAGUAGGAAAAAGCAGAGAAGAAAGAUGAGCAGCAUCGGAACCGGUUACGAUCUAUCAGUCACCACUUUCUCUCCCGACGGCCGCGUUUUUCAGAUCGAGUACGCCGCCAAAGCCGUCGAUAACAGUGGAACUGUAAUUGGAAUAAAAUGCAAAGAUGGGAUCGUUAUGGGAGUGGAGAAGCUGAUAGCAUCGAAGAUGAUGUUACCUGGUUCCAAUCGAAGAAUCCACUCCGUUCAUCGUCAUUCCGGCAUGGCAGUGGCAGGAUUAGCUGCUGACGGUAGACAAAUUGUGGCACGUGCUAAAUCUGAAGCUAAUAAUUAUGAAAGUGUUUAUGGUGAAUCGAUUCCUGUCAAGGAACUUGCUGAGCGUGUCGCAAGUUAUGUACAUCUAUGCACUCUUUACUGGUGGCUCAGGCCCUUUGGAUGUGGGGUAAUACUUGGAGGUUGUGAUAGAGAUGGGCCCCAAUUAUAUAUGGUUGAACCAUCUGGUAUCUCCUAUAGAUAUUUAGGUGCUGCAAUUGGGAAAGGAAAGCAAGCUGCCAAAACAGAAAUUGAAAAGUUGAAGCUGUCAGAAAUGACAUGCAGGGAAGGGGUUAUUGAAGUAGCCAAAAUCAUCUACAAGGUACAUGAUGAAGCAAAGGACAAGGCCUUUGAACUGGAGAUGAGUUGGGUCUGCGAUGAGUCAAAGCAACAGCAUCAAAAGGUGCCUGAUGACCUUUUAGAGGAAGCCAAGGUUGCAGCUAGGGUUGCAUUAGAAGAAAUGGAUGCUGAUUAAAUAUUAUUGGAGCCGGAAUCCCUUUGUUAUCAUAUUAAGAUCUUCCCAAAGUUCCCGUUGUUAGGGACCUUCUGGUUUUGUUUAUGAAGUCAUUUGCUGAUUAAACGAGGUCUUUCCAAAGAUCAUAUCAUAUAAGAACAGCUGACUUUUGGACGGGACUGUGGAUUCCAAAAACUGUAAAACUCGGCUUUUUAACUGUACUUUUUUAGGCAUCUUUAAGACAUCAACAUAGUGUUCGCCAGCGGCAUUUGCUGAUAAAGGUUGAGAAACAUCUUUCUCUUGUCUGCCGUGUGUAUACAUUGAAGCAAUACAUUUGCAGUUUAAUGAUUUUUUUUU